AUGGAACCCCACAUACGAGUUUGGAUCUCACACGAAAGAGUCAGCCAUAUUCCGAAGACUGACGCUUCUGGACGCUUCUGGAUUUCACAACCAUACAAGACUAUUCGCGUCAUUCAAAGACUAGCCGAGGAUGAACGCCAUGCAUAUCCUAGGGCGGCCGACAUUAUUAAGUCACAUUUAUACGUGGAUGACUUGCUAACCGGUGCCAAUACUAUAGACGAGGCCCGAUUAAUUCGAGAUGAGGUAACCGAACUUUUGUCGCGGGGAGGGUUCACUAUUAGGCAGUGGGCAUCCAAUGACGAACGAAUUAUCAAUGAUUUAGAGUCCAACGCACUACAUGCGAGCUUUAAGUUAAACGCGGACCUGCUAAAAACGUUAGGAAUAACGUGGAGUACGCAGGACGAUGAAAUAUGUUAUACAACCAAUUCGAUUAAAAGUUCAGAUCAAGUAACAAAACGAAACAUCUUAUCGGAAAUAGCGAAAAUUUACAAUCCAUCAGGUUUAUUAGGUCCGGUUAUAUUACUCGCUAAAAGGUUAAUGCAAAACGUGUGGCGGUGCGGAAUAACGUGGGAUAAGCCUGUUCCACAAACAAUAUACACUGAAUGCAAUGUCGGCUACGGCGCCUGUCUUUAUGUGCGUUCGAAAGAUAAUCAAGGCAACGCGACGUCUCGAUUGUUGUGUUCCAAGUCGCGUGUCGCACCAUUAAAACCCGUAACCAUACCGCGUCUGGAGCUCUGCGGAGCCUUGUUAUUGGCACAGCUGCUCCGCGAAACUGCUAGCGCGCUAGAACUCGAAAUCAACAGGGAUGAGGAUGAGAAUAAUGACGGUGAGGAUGAUGAUGAGAAUGAUGAUAAUUAUGAGGACAUUGUUGAGGAUAAUGAUGAGGAUGAUGAUGAGAAUGAUGAUGAGGAUGAUGAUGACAAUGAUAAACAUGAUGAUGAAGAUAAUGAUAAUGAGGAUGAUGAUGAUGAGAAUGAUGAUGCUGAGGAUGAUGAUGAUGAUAAUGAGGAUGAUGAUAAGAAUAAUGAGGAUGAUGAUGAUAAUGAUGAUGAAGAUGAGAACGAUGAGAAUUAG